CUCCUCCUCUUCAUCAUUUGUCGGCAGCAUGUCUGAGCGGAGGUUCUGUCAGGAGGACGACCGCUCCUCUCUCCUGUCCCGGCUCGGUUCCGAUUCUCCUCGUCCUCGGAUGAAGUUCGGAGGAAUGUUCUGCAACGUGGAAGGAGCUUUCGAGAACAAAACUCUGAACUUCGAGUCCUUCAGUCCUCGGCUGCAGCGGCGCGGCGCCGGUCCGACCCAAACGGGAGGCCAACAUGGAGGACGGACCGCAGUCCUUCCAUCUGGACACACCCGGGAAAACUACGGCAAGAGAGAGGGAGACCGUCUCAUCAUCAAAGGAGGAAAAGUUGUCAAUGACGAUCAGUCAUUCUACGCUGACGUCUACAUCGAGGACGGGACUAUCAGGCAGAUAGGCGAGAACCUGAUUAUCCCAUCUGGUGUGAAGACGCUGGAUGCGUACGGUCAGCUGGUGAUCCCUGGAGGCGUUGAUGCCAACACCAACCUCCAGGCUCCGCAGAAAGGCCUGAUCCCAUGUGACGACUUCUACCAGGGAACCAAAGCCGCCCUGUCUGGAGGAACCACCACCAUCAUCGAUCAUGUGUUGGUGGAGCCGGGGACUAGCUUGCUGUCAGCGUUUGAUCUGUGGAAGGAGACGGCAGAGCAGAGGGCGUGCUGUGACUUUUCCUUCCAUCUGGAUGUCACCAGGUGGCAUGAAGGCCUCUACGAGGAGCUGGAGACGCUCGUCAAAGAUAAAGGGGUGAAUUCCUUCCUCUUCUUUAUGGCUUACAAAGACCGGUACCAGAGCUCCGACUCUCAGGUGAAACAGAAACAUGUUCUUGUUUAUUUGUUGUUGUCCACUUCCUGUUUAUUUGUUCAUCACUUUCUGCUUCCUGGGGCUCAGCUUUAUGAAGCGUUUGGGAUCCUCCGGGAUCUUGGAGCAGUUGCUCAGGUCCAUGCUGAGAACGGUGACAUCAUCGAUGAGGAGCAGAAGAAACUUCUCAGUGUGGGUAUUACUGGACCUGAAGGCCAUGUUUUAUCUCACCCUGAAGAGGUGGAGACUGAGGCAGUCUAUCGGGCCAUCACCAUCGCCAAGCAGGCCAACUGCCCGCUCUACGUUACCAAGGUGAUGAGCAAGUCUGCUGCUGAUGUUAUUGCCAAAGCCAGGAAAAAAGGUGUGGUUGUGUAUGGGGAGCCAAUCACAGCUGGCCUGGCCACUGAUGGCUCUCACUACUGGGCCAAAGAUUGGACCACAGCAGCUGCCUUUGUGAUGAGCCCUCCCCUGAACCCGGAUCCGUCCACGCCACAGUAUCUGACCUCUCUGCUAGCAUGCGGCAAUCUUCAGGUGACCUCCAGCGCUCAGGCCAGCUUCUCUACAGCUCAGAAGGCUGUUGGUAAAGAUGACUUCACGCUGAUCCCAGAGGGAACUAGCGGCAUUGAAGAGAGGCUGUCGGUGAUCUGGGACAGAGCUGUGUCCACAGGAAAGAUGGACGAGAAUGAGUUUGUUGCAGUGACGAGCACCAACGCUGCCAAGGUCUUCAACAUGUACCCACGCAAAGGACGGAUUGCUGUUGGAUCUGAUGCUGAUAUUGUAAUUUGGAACCCAAAAGAGACUCUAACCAUUUCUGCCACAACUCACAACCUGACCUUGGAGGUAAACAUCUUGGAGGGUUUGGAGUUUCGAGGCGUUCCCACAGUAGUGGUCAGCGGCGGUCGGGUUGUUCUGGAGGACGGACAGCUCAACGUGACCGAAGGUUCUGGACGCUUUAUAGCAAGAAAGGCUUUUCCUGACACCGUCUACAAGCGGAUCAGAGCACGCAGCAAGAUGGCUGAGGCCCGCGGCGUUCCCCGUGGUAACUAUGAUGGUCCAGUCCAUGAUGUCAUCAGUGUGACCAAGUCAGUCCCACCAACUCCAACCACCAGGGGUCCUACGGGGAACAAAACCCCAACUGGCCCCCGAAACCUUCACCAAUCAGGAUUCACCCUGGCAGGGGCUCAGAUUGACGAUCACAUACCCCGUCGCUCUGCUCAAAGGAUCGUGGCGCCACCUGGAGGACGUUCCAACAUUACAUCUCUAUCUUAAUCUGUUCAUUUUCCAGCCGAGUGUUGAAGAACGUCUGUUACUCUAUGAUCCACCUGAGUUCAGUGAACUCUACAGGUAGAGAGUUCACUGAACACCUGUAGGGUUCAGUGAACUCUACAGGUGAAACCGUCUGACCCUCUUAGCCCACAUAUGUAGUUUAACUCCAGAACUUCCCAGAACCUUCUGGGUCUCCUGAGCUCAAACUGACAACUUUAGUCCUGAAUGUAGCUGUCCCACCCAGAACCUCACCAUAGUGCUUAGUCAACCCCAUGUAACCUGGUACUAGACAGAACCGAUUCUGACCCGGCAGCUCUGAAGCCCUCCACAUCAGCAUCUGUUGCUGCAGAUGUGGACCAACCACAUCAGCAGCAACAGAACCGGCCCGACGAGAAAGAUAUCGUCUUUGUCUUACUUGGUGACAUCACAGUGAUGUGAGUAAUGCUGGCAUAAAACACCAAUCAAGCAGAACAUUACGACCACAUUGGCCUCUCAAAAUACUUCCAGCCAUCUGUGAGAUGAAUGAUUCCAGCCAACCUGCCUGUGGUUGACCCCUGACCCCCCAGUGAGGUAGUCACAUCUUUGCAUCAGCUGACUUGAAGGGGCAGGCUGGCCUCCCAGGCUAAAGCUAGCCUUGUGGUCAGAACCAGGCUCGGUUCUGCUGCCGUUCUGAACAGUCUGGACCUCAGUUCGACUCCACUGUCCAAACACAAGCCUCCUUAACCCCAAGUCAGAGUUCUAGAUGGAGGGUAUUUUGGAUUCUGUGGUAGUACCACCCCACAGGUAGGACCCUAAGACCAUCUUCCUGGUCAUGUGACCAACAGCUCAUGGUUUCAGUCUAACCAGAUGCAGCCUUUGUAGCAGUAGUUGGAUAACUUUAGAUGAUCCCAGAACCACAGUCCAUCUUCAGAUGGUUUUGGCUGUUUGGGUCAUGUAGCAACUUCAGAACCUGGUUCUGUAGACCAGAGUUGUUUUCUCUGACUGUUGAUACUGCUAGCACAGCUCUAGCUGAUUAUUAGCAUCCACACUGAAGGCCUGGAAUCAAAUACUGAGGGCUUUUAAUUUGAAAGGCCUUGUCCCUGAGGGAAAGAGGUCACGGUCAGAGUUGUUGACAUCAUGUGACUCUGCAGCCUGUGAUGUCACAUUUACAUUUUUAAUGUAGCGUUUUCUAAGACUUUGUCUUAAUUUUGUAUUUUUACUGUUUUUUGUACCUUGGCUGUGAUUGGUUCAAUGUUUGGGUCAAGGGUUACAUUUGUGUUCUGAAUAUGAUCCGUUUCUGAUAUAAAUGACUGGAUCCAAUUUUACAAGACCCGCCAGUCCAGGUUGCACCAAGUACGUCCAGCAUCGUCGGAACAGUUUGAUGCUAACUGAGAUCAUCAGUUUGACAAACAGGGCAACCAUUGGCUGGACAUUAAGGUGGGCGGAGCCACCAGCUUCACCUUGCUGUUCAAAUACCCAACCUGAUCAAUGGCACCUCAGUGACCACACCCUCCUUAUAUUUUCACUCAAUAGGUAGCAUCAAUGUUAGCACCACUGCUCCCAUGUUGGAGUCCAGCCGUUGCUAUGGGAACAUUGACCACAUGAUUUCAAAACUGGCUUUUCCAUAGGAUACUGUGUCUAUGGGUCACCUGACCAGCAGGGGCUGAGUUUAAGAGUUUGUUUAAUCUAAACUCAGAUUAACUUGGAUUAGAUCAGCAGACUGGUAGGUGUCCAAGAUGGCAGCCAGGUGGUUUCUAGUCAUCUGUUCUCUCACAGUGAUCAGAAACACAGAGUGUCUAUGAGGAGCAUUACUAUAGCAACCACACCUGUGAUGUAGUAGGUAUUGUGAUGGAUGUAAUUUGUUGUGAUAACAGUUGCAUGAUUAAAGCGUGAAGAGAAAAAUGGA